GUAUCCUAGCCUCUCUCCUUCUCUCUAGCUUCCACAUCGAUCACCAUAGCAGCCAAACCUCCCAAUUGGGUGACAGAGAGAGAAUUGGAGCAAAUUUUGGCUUUGAGGCUCAGAUACCUGUUUCCAGCAGGCACAAAGAGAAACCAGAUCCACUAUGGUUGCAAAACAGUGACUGCCCUGCCAAGAUAUAGAUUGAGUUCUCUAAAUGCCUCAAGAUUUGGUAGCCUGAUAUCAUCAAAACCUCUAUACACAUAGAAUGUCUAUAUUUGUGUGUAUAUAAUCUCAGAUAAAAGGAUGCACUCCACUUAGUCAGAUUUAAUGUUAAUAAAAUGCUAAUUUGUUCUUUUUUGUAUGCACUUGUUUCUUCUUUUCUUGAUAAAUUAUUAUUUUAAAUUGCUUGAAUAAUUUCAACAUAAAGAUAGCACAUGAUGUCAUGUUGAGAACAUGUAAAGAGACUAAAGAGGGUAAAAUCUUUGAAAUUCAUGUUGUAAAAAAGGAUAACUUAGUGCAUAAAACAUCCUGCUAGGUGAGGGUUUCAUGCAAUUGCACAUACAUACACAAGUGAAAACAAUCUAUGCUUUUAUUAGGUUUUAAGAACUUUACUAUCUAGCAUAGUGGAAAUGCUUUUGUUUGUUUGGCUCAUUGAGCAAAUCAUUGCAGGGUACAAACUUAAAAAAACGGAGACUUGUGGUGAACAACAUUGUUAGAUUCACAAAUGUUAGACAGGUAGUGUAGUGACAAUAUGAAGAUACAAAUACUGAUUAUAUAAAUAGCUCAAGAAACAUCAAAUCUUCAAAGUUUGCACACUGACCUUAUUAGUCAUGACUCUUGAAUAUCCUAAGUAGUGAUAUACCAUACUGUAGUAGAAACCAAUCAAGGAGGUGAUUGGACAUUUAAUAGACCAAGUGAUUUACUUUCAUUGAUUGUGGGAGGUUAUAGCCACAUACCCCAAGAUUGUAAUGUUAUUUACUCCAGUGAUACCCCUGAUACGAUUAUGCCUAAUAUACUAGUUGUUGUAACACAUGAUAUUUGUGAACCACCACAAUUAAUGUGCAUGUAUUAGAGACAAGGUGGUCUCUUCCGUCUUUAAAUGUGAAAAUCUUGGACAGAAUAAUUUGUCUGAGUAAGGCGAGAACAAUUCAAAUAAAUGUAUAGAGGACUAUCCAUUAGAUGCAUUUAGGACUAUGAAAAUAGAUGUAGGCAUACUUUAAUAAGAUGGUAUUUUGUAUUCUAUCCUAAUAAAAGGUUUGGCUUAAUUCAUCAUUUUUUACCUUCACUUCAUUUUGACAGAUUUCCAGGAUCAUAAUUUGCCAUACUUUUUUGAAGCAUUAGAGAGGAAUGCAAAAUCACACUUGAACCAAGCACUCAAAAAGGUUCAAUGCAACCAAUUAUAGCUAGGUCGAUCCACAAGAGCGAGACUUUCAUGAAGUCGAUAAAGGUUAUUGAUAUGAAUCGUUUACUACAUUGGGGAUGACAUGUAUGAGACAAUGAUUGAAUUUGCAAGGCAUUUCAUGAAAUAUCUUGCAACUUGAACAACUCGAAUAUGAUAUGGGAACAAAUGACUAAUUUAGUUGGCUCAAUGGGCAAUUACGAUGUCCUUUUAUUUAUGUAAAUAUUAAUUAUUUGAUGAUAUUAAUAUUUUGAAUAAGAAAACAAAAAAAAACAAGAUAGAGAAGUUGCGUUGACGAAAGAGUAAGAAAUAUUUGCACUACCCCAAAAGGAACUGCAUUAAAUGAGUACUCACACAAGCACACAUUUCCCUCCUUUAUAAGCACAUCCCAUCUGCUCUUAAUUGCAUUCCUCAAAAAAGGAACAUAAUAAUGAGUCCUCUUCAGUUUCUCUCUGCCUUUUGUAUAGUCUUCCUUCUUGUUCCUGCAUUUGGCUCUACUAUUCUCUUUCAGGGGUUCAAUUGGGAAUCAAACAAGCAGCAAGGCGGAUGGUACAACUCUCUUAUCAAUCUAGUCCCGGAUUUGGCUUAUGCUGGAAUAACUCAUGUUUGGCUCCCGCCACCCUCCCACUCCGUUUCUACCCAAGGGUACAUGCCCGGAAGGUUAUACGACCUGGAUGCAUCCAAGUAUGGAAAUAAACAACAGCUGCAAGCACUGGUGAAGGCCCUUCACGACCACAACAUCAAAGCGGUGGCGGACAUCGUGAUCAACCACAGAUGCGCCGACUACAAAGACGACCGGGGAAUCUAUUGCAUAUUCGAAGGCGGCACCGCCGACGGCCGCCUCGACUGGGGCCCGUCCCUCAUCUGCAAAAACGACACCCAGUACUCGGACGGCAACGGCAACCCCGACACCGGCAUGGACUUCGCGGCGGCGCCGGACAUCGACCAUGUCAACGAGAGGGUGCAGAGGGAGCUCUCCGAGUGGAUGAAUUGGCUCAAGUCGGAGAUUGGGUUCGACGGGUGGAGGUUCGAUUUCGUCAGGGGAUACGCCGGCUGGGUCACCAAGAUCUACAUGGAGAACACGACGCCGGAAUUCGCCGUCGGCGAGUUCUGGAACUCUAUGGCAUACGGGUCGGACGGGAAGCUGGAGUACAACCAAGACAAUCACCGGAACGAGCUGUCCCGGUGGGUGAAUGACGCCGGCGGAUCUGUGACGGCCUUUGACUUCACCACCAAAGGAAUUCUUCAGGCGGCCGUGGAAGGAGAGCUGUGGAGGCUGAAGGAUUCGAACGGAAAGCCGCCCGGAUUGAUCGGUGUUUUGCCCGGAAAUGCGGUCACUUUUGUGGAUAACCAUGACACCGGAUCUACUCAGCACCUCUGGCCUUUCCCCGGGGACAAAGUCAAGCAGGGAUAUGCUUACAUCCUCACCCACCCUGGCGUUCCAUCUGUGUUUUAUGAUCACUUCUUCGACUGGGGAUUGAAGGAUCAGAUUUCGAAGCUGAUUUCGGUGAGGAACAGGAAUGGGAUAACGGAGAAGAGCAGCGUGGAGAUUUUGGCAGCGGAGGGUGACGUUUAUGUGGGAAAGGUUGACGAGAAAGUGAUAGUGAAGAUAGGGGGAAGGCUUGAUCUUGGCAACUUAAUCCCGUCUAAUUUCAAAGUCGUUGCGUCCGGACAGGACUAUGCCGUGUGGGAGAAAAAUUAAAUGCUGCAUAUAUACUAGUUGUUUGUCCCCACUCAUGUGAAUGAAUAAUUUCCGGGUGCGGUUUUGGACAAUAACCGGCCUAAUCAUCUUGUCUACACCAUUUUAUAUCUUGCUUCUAAUUUCUUUGAGAAUAAAUACACCAUUUUAGAGGGUAUGAUCGGUAAUAAUAGUUUAGUUAUAUCCACCCCACAUUUGGCUGUAUGCAUUUCAUUUAUGAGAUCUAAACAAGUUUAUCCUUAAGUUAUGUUCACAUGCAUGUCUAGCCUUCUUUCUAUUAUCCAAGUAUAUGUUAGUGAUGAAAAUAAUACUAACCAUUUUUA